GCGAUAACGAUACCGCCCCCCUCGAAGCAGCUCCCGUAACAGGCAACGUGGAAUACACCCGAAGAUUGUCGAGAAGCGUAGCCUGAGCCAACAGAACACCCGGACUGUCUUGCCGAGCCAGGACCUCUUUCUAUCACGAGAGAGUGUUGUACCCUAAUAAAUGCUAUCCGUCGCAACGUUCUUGUGCCGAAACAUUGCCAGAACAUCCAAGAACUAUCACCCCGCCAUUGCCUCCGUCACCAUCCUCCGACCCCUCCAUCCCCGAGCUUCAUUCUCGACAUCCGCCUGCACUAUGGCUCCUGCGGCAGCUGCCCUCGACUUUGUCGACUUUGUAAACGCUUCUCCUACUCCCUACCACGCCUGCGCGACCGCCGCCGCCCGCCUCGAGAAUGCCGGCUUCACAAAGAUCAAGGAGCGCGACUCCUGGAACUCGGCCCUGCACCCUGGCGGGAAGUACUACCUCACCCGCAACGGCUCCUCCAUCGUCGCAUUCGCCAUCGGCAAGAAAUGGAAGCCCGGCAACCCCGUCGCCAUGAUCGGCGCCCAUACCGACUCCCCGACCCUGCGCAUCAAGCCCGUCUCCAAGAAGAACAACGUCGGCUUCCUGCAGGUCGGCGUCGAGACAUACGGCGGCGGCAUCUGGCACAGCUGGUUCGACCGCGACCUCAGCAUCGCCGGCCGCGUGCUCAUCAAAGAUGCCGACGGCAACUUUGUCCAGAAGCUGAUCAAGGUCGACAAGCCGCUGCUGCGCAUCCCGACCCUGGCCAUCCACCUCGACCGCAGCUCCACCUUUGACCCGAACAAGGAGAACGAGCUGUUCCCCAUCGCCGGCCUGGCCACCGCCGAGCUGAACAAGGGCGCCGCUGCCCAGCCCGAGGCCGACGAGGCCGAUGAGGACUUCAAGCCGCUCAAGGCCAUGACGGAGCGCCACCACCCCCACAUCCUCGACGUCAUCGCGUCCCACGCCGAGGUCGAGCCCGAGGCCGUCGUCGACUUUGAGCUCGUCCUGUACGACGUGCAAAAGUCGUGCCUGGGCGGCCUCAACGACGAGUUCAUCUUCUCGGCCCGCCUCGACAACCUCAACAUGACGUACUGCGCCGUCGAGGGCCUCAUCGCCUCGGUCCGCGAGCCCAACGUCCUUGACAACGACACGACGAUCCGUCUCGUCACUUGCUUCGACCACGAGGAGAUCGGCUCCACCUCGGCCCACGGCGCCAACUCGAACCUCCUGCCCGCCGUCCUGCGCCGCCUCGCCUCGCUCCCUGGCAGCCGUGACACGGCGUCGGACGGCUCGUACGUGGCCGUGUCCCACGACGGCGACUAUGAGUCGACGGCUUACGAGCAGACGCUCUCGCGCUCCUUCCUCGUGUCGGCGGACAUGGCGCACUCGGUGCAUCCCAACUACGCCGGCAAGUACGAGUCGAGCCACCAGCCGGCCAUGAACGGCGGCACCGUCAUCAAGGUCAACGCGAACCAGCGGUACGCGACCAACUCUCCGGGCAUUGUGCUGCUGCAGGAGUGCGCGCGCCUCGCCGGUGUGCCGCUGCAGCUCUUCGUCGUGCGCAACGACUCGCCCUGCGGCAGCACCAUCGGCCCCAUGCUUAGCGCUAAGCUCGGCGUGAGGACGCUGGACCUGGGCAACCCGCAGCUGAGCAUGCACUCGAUCCGCGAGACGGGCGGCAGCGAGGAUGUCGGGCACGCGAUCAAGCUGUUUGAGAGCUUCUAUGAGCGGUUCGGCGAGUUGGAGGAGAAAAUUCUCGUGGAUUAGAGUAGGAGAUAAGGUGGUAUUCAGAGCACAGCGAGGAGUUCGGAGGGGGUGAGCCGGCAUGGUGUCGAAGUGGCGGCGUUGUAGGUAUUGAAGACGAUGAUAGCAGCACUCUUGAUCGAUCACUCGUUCCACGGUCAGAUAGGAUCCUCGAGGUAACAAUCUGCAUUGCGUAUCAUGUAUAUGGUUCUUCUAGAACGGUACAGUGGCGCUUCUUCAGCCGGGAAUACGGGUAUACUUGUCGUUGAGAUGGUGGGUAUGUCCAAGUCUUGAUGGAAAGAUUCUUUCCAAUUAUGGGUGUGGCUAUGAUACCCGUAUGCAAUGCCCGGAUCAGAAUUGAUCUCACGGAUCGGAGUUCAGGGAAAGCGAUGUCCUCCCUACUACCCACCUACACGGGCAAUCGGCCCUCGUCCGUCCCUUCCUUCGUUCUAUAGUCCGAAGACACAGUCCAUCCUCCUCCACGACGCCGUCUCUCUCUAUCAACUUCAGCG